AAUCACUUUAAAACGGUUGUUUUAACAAAGAGAAGUUCACGAGAAAAUAAUAUUCAAAGCUAAUAAAAAUGAAACGUUUUUGUUUUUUGAUUUCAUUCGUUGUGGUAAAUGUUUUAGCAAUAGUUCCAAUAGAUGAGUGGAUAAGGGAGAUUAACUUCACAAAUAGACAAAUCGAAAGGGUGGAAUGUAGUGAUGUGCGUUUGAUACCGGUAAUUAGAAAAUAUAUUCGUGGAGAUAAACCGAUGGAUGAACUGUCGUUUAUGUUUACUGCACCACAUGACAAUAACUUCCUAAUAAUAGCCAACGGAGAGACCGAAACGCUGCAGAAAUACAAAGAUGUCGAAAUUGAAUUACAGACAGAUAUAAGCAACUUGUGUGGUGUCCCUGUUCCUGACAAUAGUGAUCCUGAUCCGGACGAAAGUGUGGGUCCAAUACGUACUGUAAUAAGAAAACUAUGUUGUGCAGGUGGUUCGUUGGAUAAGAAGCCUAAAUAUGCGUUUGGCUUAAUCAGACAAAGGCUAUUCCGUGAUGCUUUUAAACUAUAUAUAAAUUCUCUAUCAAGACCAGGCCACGAAGAUUUCGGAAACUGUAACCAGAUGUGCCGGUUAAAAGGUGUUUACAGAAGUAUAUUGUACAACAAAAGAUCUCAGUUAGUAAAACUAGCGGAAGUUGUAGGUGAUCAUUGUCAUCUAACUGAUUUAGAAAACAGAACAAUAAUAGUCAGUUGCGUAGGGGAUGACGUUAAGUAUGUCCCUGAGGUUGACGACUAAGAUUAAUUUGAGUGAUCACAGUACUAGUAGUAGUGAAGACGAAUUAGAAACGCAUCAUUAAUAUAUAGUAAAAAGUAUUCACUUGCUUCUCAGUUAUUAUAAUUUAUACCAGGAAUCUUACAGUUAACUCAUUAAAAAUUAUACAGUACAAUUGUUAUUAUAUUUAAAUAAUAAUUAUUCCUAACCACACCUGUGUCCUAAUUAUCAUGAUUUAAUGUAUCUUACAAUUAACCGUCUUACUUACGAUUAUAAAAUCAUUUGUUGUUUUUUACCAGUAUACAAAAUUCGAUUAGAAGUGGUUUUAUUUCUUUUAACUAUCCUCUUUAUAUUGGCUUAUUAUAAUCCGCCCAAGCCCUAUGCCUGAACCACUAGUGUUCAUAAAGUCAAUAGUUGCCUUUUAUUCGACAUUAUUUAUUUAUAGUAAAUUUAGGCCAUUCUGCACUCUAUUGUGCAUUCGCUGGAGUUAUGUUCAAGCAAUCACAUGCUCACUAUACUGUUUAUUAUAACCAUACAAGCAUAGUCCGUUUACACUGAUUGUCAAGAUAUACCUAACAGUAGGUAUUAAGUUGUGAAAUAAAAAAAUCACUUUAGUUUAACACUUUAAUUAUUAACUGUAGAAUUAAAAUAGUAAACAAAUUAAAUGCAAAAUUCCUUAU